AGACACACGCGCUCGUGACUAGACAAAGACAACGAGCUGUCACACCUUUACAAUGAAUCUUAUGAGUUCAGCGUCAAAGAAAUGCUGAAAGGAAAGUCCAAGGAGCGAAAAAUCGUUCUGUUGUGCUGUAGGAUAGGAAACCGCUGCUGGAACAAGACUACCUGUGGGCACUUCAGUGAGAGAAACAAGAGCCAGCCCGUGUACGGCGUUUUCAAUCUACCGGUGAAACACAACACACAUUUAUAUGGCAAAGUUCCUCGCCGAGCUGCUGGGAUGUACACUGCCCGAGAAAGGAGCAUCUCCAAUGUUCGAGUGCAGGAGUCAGCCGCACAUCGGACUGAGGCAUGUCACCAAACAACGGCCUACCAUAUUUGGGACACUGAUUGAAAAGCCGCUGGGGGAUCACAAUGCAGACAAAAUGCCUCAAACGCCACCCUUUCCAGCAAUGUAUGGGUCUAAUGGCUACAACAAUAAUCUGUAUAAGGAAAAGGAAGAGGACUAUGAAGGCCUGUAUUACCAUGACAACAACCUGGUGUCCGGGUCCUUGGAGGCUCUGAUUGAACACUUGGUCCCUACGGUGGCUUACUAUCCCGAUAGGACGUACAUCUUCACAUUCCUGCUCAGUUCCCGUCUCUUCAUUCAUCCAUAUGAGCUCAUGUCCAAAGUGUGCCAUCUGUGUGUGGACCAGCAGCGCCUCACUGAUCCUCAGGCUGACAAGGCAAGAGUCAGGAAAAUUGCUCCCAAGAUCCUGCAGUUGCUGACCGAGUGGACAGAGACAUUUCCCUAUGACUUCAGGGAUGAGAGGAUGAUGAAGAGCCUGAAGGAACUAACACAUCGUCUGAGCACUGGAGAUGAACUCUAUCGUAAGGCUGUGCAGCAGAUGACACAAACACUGAUCCGUAAGCUCACCACACUGAGUCAGUACGAGGAGGCUCUGGCCAAGAUUAACUCCUCUGUGACCGACAGACUAACAGUGCUGAAGACCAAACCUCAGUCCAUCCAGAGAGACAUUCUGACCAUCUGCAGCGACCCCUUCACCCUGGCACAGCAGCUCACACACAUUGAACUGGAAAGACUGAGCUACAUCGGACCAGAGGAGUUCAUUCAGGCGCUUGUUCAGAAGGACCCUCUUGAUAACGACAAGAGAUGCUUUAGUGAUCACAAAAAAGCAAGUAACCUGGAGGCUUAUGUGGAGUGGUUCAACAGACUCAGCUAUCUGGUGGCGACGGAGAUCUGCAUGCCGGUUAAGAAGAAACAUCGGGCUCGAGUCAUUGAGUUCUUCAUCGAUGUGGCACGAGAAUGCUUCAACAUUGGCAACUUCAACUCGCUCAUGGCCAUCAUAACCGGGAUGAAUAUGAGCCCAGUGUCGCGGCUCAAGAAGACCUGGGGCAAAGUCAAAACGGCCAAAUUUGAUAUACUGGAGCACCAGAUGGAUCCCUCUAGCAAUUUCUACAACUACAGAACAGCGCUGCGAGGAGCCACUCAGAGAUCCAUCACUGCUCACAGUAGCAGAGAGAAGAUUGUCAUCCCUUUCUUCAGUCUCUUGAUUAAAGACAUUUACUUCCUCAAUGAAGGAUGUGCCAGCAGGCUCCCGACUGGACAUGUCAAUUUUGAGAAAUUCUGGGAGCUGGCCAAACAAGUGAUGGAGUUCAUGACAUGGAAGAAGGUGGAGUGUCCUUUUGACAGAGACCGCAAGAUCCUGCAGUAUCUCCUGACCGCACCAGUCUUCAGUGAAGAUGCUUUGUAUCUGGCGUCAUACGAGAGUGAAGGACCAGAGAACAACAUGGAGAAAGACAGAUGGAAAUCUCUCAGGUCAUCUUUGCUGAACAGGACAUGAUGCUGUGUGGAGCUCAAAAUCAAGUGAACAUUGACAAGCAGGCUGUGUCCCCCUUUUGUCCCCUCCAAAAGUGAGAAGUAUCCCUGUUUUUUCAAGGGAGAUGACAAUCCAUAUUUUGCUGAACGGUGCAUUUUUCUGUUGGAAAGAGCAGCAUCGUUUUACAAGGCCCUUCUCUUUCUGUCGUUCAUACUGGAUAUUUCAGGCUUUUCCUCUCUUUGUGCAGACUCCUUUUCCCUCUUUAAAACAUGAUUUGAGCAGGGAAAAAAAUGUCCCCUGACUAUAAACCAAUCUGUGUUGGCGUUCUUCUCUGUUGACUUCAAGAGUUUGCUGCUGGUUGGCAAACUCCAUUGGCACAGGUUGGGGAAAAGGGGGGAGAAUUAUAAACCAGCAUUAUGUGUACUGGGUUCCAGUACUGUGUAUUUUUAUUGUACAUGAAGCAUUAAUUUAAGUCUAGAUUUAUGUUGUAACUAUUUUUUUGAUAUUGUGUUUGUCAGUUUUUUAAUGCAUAUGAGAUGUAAUGCAUUGCUUUAAGCUCUGUGAGUGACCACUGAUGUGUGUGUGAUAAACCCGCUGGGGGUUGCCCAAUGCACUGGAUGCUACUAUGAAUAAAGAUGUCAAUUCCUU